CACUCCCUGAAAAACUGGACAAAACCUUUGCAUUUUGUUUGCUUCAAUAGUAAGCUGCUGAGUAAGGGGGUCCUCUGAAGGGGAGGGGCCAUUGAUGAUUCACGUUUGGUCAGGUAUAAAAGGAAAGGGUUAAACCACAUAGGGAGGCAGUUCAGGAGCAUCUACAACCAACAUGAGCAACACCAGCAUGAACAUGAGGGGCAAGAUCGUCUUCUACGAGGAGAGGAACUUCCAGGGUCGUUCCUAUGAGUGCAUGAGCGACUGCUCCGACAUGUCCUCCUUCCUGAGCAGGUGCCACUCCUGCAGGGUUGAGAGCGGCUGCUUCAUGGUCUACGACCGUCCCAACUUCAUGGGAAACCAGUACUUCAUGAGGAGGGGCGAGUACGCUGACUACAUGAGCAUGAUGGGAAUGAGGGACUGCAUCAGGUCUUGCCGUAUGAUCCCCAUGCACAGAGGCCAGUUCAGGAUGAGGAUCUACGAGAGGGAGAACUUCCAGGGUCAGAUGCAGGAGCUGAUGGACGACUGCGACAACAUCCAGGACCGUUUCCGUAUGAACGACUGCCUGUCCUGCCAGGUGAUGGACGGCCACUGGCUGAUGUACGAGCAGCCCCACUACAGAGGCAGGAUGAUCUACCUGAGGCCCGGCGAGUACAGGAGCUUCAUGGAGAUGGGCAUGAGCGGCACCAGGUUCAUGAGCAUGAAGCGCAUCAUGGACUCCUGCAUGUAA